AUGGCUUCCUUUAUGGAGGAGCUAUGGUCCAGCAUCUUCGUCCCGGGCCCCACUCGGACCUUGCUGAUCGCAACCAAUGCAUCGUUCGCCGCCCUCCAGCUUCUUCUCUUCAUCCUGGGGCUCGCCACCUACAGUAUCCAUUUUGUGGUUCUCUCACUGCUAUCGGCAGGACUGUGGUACUCGAUCAACUGGUUUGCGCGUGAGGUACGCCUGGCGCAAGCGGCGCAAGAAGCCGAAAAGGCAAAGCAGGAGGAGCGAGAGGCGGCCGCUGCUGCCAGAAAGACGGAUAUCAGACCGGUCGACAGCGGAGAUAGUGAAACCGAAACCGAGACGCUGGUAAAGUCCACAGCAUCUGCUGCGUCGCCCGCUGUGAUGACGGGCAGCGAAGCUGUCUCCAGCGGACUGCAACCUCUACAGCGGGACACCAAGAAGCGACUGAACACGGGCGGCGAUAGUUCUGGUUAUGGCAGCACCGAUAGCGAAUGGGAAAAGGUGGACGACAGCAAAGAUCGGUAG